AGCAGGGUUUUCCUCUUCCUCCCACUUGCUGCUGCCUCUCCCAUCCCUCCACCUCCUCCUGCCUGCCUCCAGCUCCUCAAGGGGAGCUGAGCUACGGGACAAGGGGAUGGCUUCCAACAGCAUCUUUGACUCCUUCACCACCUACUCCUCCACUUUCCUGCGUGACCCGAGCACCAGCAGGCGCUUCACACCCCCCUCCACGGCAUUCCCCUGCGGUAAGAUGGGAGAAAACAGCGGGGCGCUGGGGGCCGCUGCGCCGGGCGCCCGGGCGCGACCCGAGGUGCGCUCCGUCGUGGAUGUACUGGCCGACCACGCCGGAGAGCUGGUGCGCACCGACAGCCCCAACUUCUUGUGCUCCGUGCUGCCGUCCCACUGGAGGUGCAACAAGACGCUGCCCGUCGCCUUUAAGGUUGUAGCCCUCGGAGAUGUACCUGAUGGGACCGUGGUAACGGUGAUGGCAGGGAAUGAUGAGAACUACUCUGCAGAGCUCCGCAAUGCCUCCGCUGUGAUGAAAAACCAAGUAGCAAGAUUUAACGAUCUCAGAUUUGUUGGGAGAAGCGGCAGGGGAAAAAGCUUUACCCUGACGAUCACAGUGUUCACCAACCCCACCCAAGUCGCUACCUAUCACCGAGCCAUUAAAGUGACUGUAGACGGACCCCGGGAGCCACGAAGGCAUAGGCAAAAGCUGGAAGACCAAACCAAACCCUUUGCUGACCGCUACGGGGAGCUGGAACGGCUGCGCCAGUCCAUGAGAGUCACCCCGACGACACCCAGCCCUCGUGGAUCUCUCAGCACCCCAAGCCACUUCGGGUCACAGGCCCAGACUCCAAUACAAGGCACAUCAGAUCUGAGCCCCUUCUCAGACCCCCGGCAGUUUGACCGUUCCUUCCCGACGCUGCCAGCUCUCACCGAGACCAGGUUCUCCGACCCGCGGAUGCAUUACCCUGGUGCCAUGUCCGCUGCCUUCCCCUACACUGCAACGCCCUCUGCGACAGGCAUUGGGGGCAUCAGCAUGACCAGCAUGCCCACCACCACGCGCUUCCACCACACCUACCUACCGCCCCCCUACCCUGGCUCCACGCAGAACCAAAGCGGACCCUUCCAGGCCAACCCCUCUCCCUACCAUUUGUACUAUGGCACAUCUUCAGGCUCAUACCAGUUCUCCAUGGUGGCAGGUGGUGAGCGCUCACCCACCCGCAUGCUCUCUUCUUGUACAAGUGCUUCAGCAGGGAACAACUUAAUGAAUCCCAACCUGGGCAAUCAGAAUGAUGGGGUCGAUGCAGACGGGAGCCACAGUAACUCACCGACUACCAUGACAACUACAGGAAGGAUGGAUGAGUCGGUCUGGAGACCCUACUAGGAGGAACACAGCUGGGCACCCACCACUUUAACUUAAUUGGCCACCUUUACGUUACUCCUUUUGGUAGUGAAUGCAGCAAAAUGAGACCUAGGGAAAAGCUAAACCAAAGUCUCCCUAACCAAAAGCAAACCAGGAUCCUCUACAUGGAAGCAGGGCAAACGUCAAGCGAAGAUGAACCAGGACCUAUGUUACAUUUCAAGAUAAGCAUCCACAAGGCUUGAAUUUGUCGCUUGAUGUGGUUCCUUUCAUUUGUUUUUAAUAUGUGGAUUGUACAUAGGAAAGAAAAAAGAUGUGUGGAAUCAGAUAUUUGUUUAUUGCAGAACACUUCUCAGUCAUCUCACUCUCAUCCUCAUCCCCACACAAAGCAUUCAAAAGUUAAGAAAACCUUGUCCUUCUGCAAAAUGUUUCAGAGAAGAUAAAGGACCAGGAAAACAUCCAAACCAUCUCUCUGCCAAUGCAGAAAGGCUGAACUGAAAAAAAAAAAAAAAAAAAAAAGAAGAAGAAAAAAACCUUUGUCUCUCUCAGUCCCUCCCGACCAGUUUAAGGCUCCUGACUACCAAAGAUCCGUGGGACGACGCCAGAGCCACAUGCCGCACGUGAGAGUCUGGUUUACAGCACAACCAUGGGUUCUCAGGAAUGCACAGAAGCUGUGCAUUCCUUGUGGGUCAGACGGCAUCAGCCAUGUGAACAAGAGCUGUGAUGUGAUUAUUAUUAUUCUUUGUUGACGACAGAGGUUGUAUUGUUCAUUUUUGUCAUUGUCGUCAUUUUUAAAACAGUAACGUGGCUGAUCCUGUGCCUGACAGACCCUCGCCUUUCCUGUAUGUUUACAUAUGAGAUGUACUUUUUAUGAGAUGUGUUUUGUUUUGUUUGCUCUUUUGUCCUGACCUCACCAUUCAAUUCUUUGCCCCUCUUUAGCAAAUCUCAGUGUCUGAAGCAAAGGCAGAGUUCAGGACAAUCCAAGGUGUGUGAGAUGCACUUCCAAGCAAGCAUGUUACCUGCAGAAUGACUCAGAAACCUUUGGCAUGACCCUGCCACCGGUCUCUGGGUCUUCCUUUCAUUCUCUCUGAGUGGCUACACAUACAGCUGGUGGCAAAAGCAUAUUUCUGUUGUGAUUCUUUCCUGUGUUUUCACCCAAAGUGGAUUGACAAAUGGUGACUUUUUCUUAUUUAGAAACAACUUAAACUUGUCAGUUCAUGCUGAAAGCUCCAACUGAGAUUUGGAGAAAGAAGCAGUUUCUACGCAGUCCCCUUGGUGGUGGGAAGAUUGUGAAUCAAUGUUACCUGUCAUUUUCCAAGCACUUACCCUCCUUUCCAUUCUCUCAAGUGACCCAGAGCACUGAUAUCUUGCUGUAGAUGAAUAAGCUGAAGAGCAGGCCCUUAAAGCUACCACUGGCACACUGUUAGCUAGUUGGAUUGUGUGGCAUCUUGUGGAACCAGGUCCCUCAGGCGCCAUGCAGACACGGCCUCAUAGCUGGUACCAACGAGGCUGUGACCUGAAUGAGACUGCACCAGCUGGCAGCAGGCAGCUGGAGAGGUGGUGGGGCUUCCCCACGCCAACUUAGUGGCCUGGGCCCAACGCACACCGCAGGGUUAAGCCACCUUCCACCAGCCGGCCAUGCUUUCUGCUGGUGUGCAAAUUGGGGCUGGGUUCUGGACUCCACGUGCCACAGGGCUGGGAUCCCAGGGAGUGUGGCGGGGUGAGCCCACAGCUGCAGUGCCGCUGCAUCCCACUGCCCUGCAGCAAGGGGAUAGGACAGCCCCCAGACUCCACCGCUACCAGCAGCCUGCACCAAGUCUUAUUUUUUCCAUGUGUAGGAAAAUUUAAACCCUCCAGCUCACAUCCCAGUCCCUUCUGUCUAUUUUAUGCCAUUAUACCUAUCACCAAAUCUCAGUUGUAUCUUGUCAGCAGUCAGUUGAGAUACAGUAUAUUGUAAUAUUGUAAUUGCAUUACCAUGUAAAGACUGGAGCAAGACAUCCUUGCUUAGUUGGAAAGCUGCGAUGACCACUCGUGAGUUAAACAAGCAACAAGAGGAAUAACUCUUCUAAACAGAAAAUUUUAAAAGCCAUAUCCCAUCAAAACUGCAACAUUUACUUCCUUAGCAACAGGGAGUACCUCUCUGGUGCUUGCCAGCUGUAGAAACUGGACCGCAGCAGCAGCCUGUGUUUUGAUGCAUUUAUGUUUAUCAUCCAACCACGCCACUGAUUGAAAGCACAAAGAAAACAAGGCAUUCGUAGUACUAGGUUAAUUUAAGACUGUUCAUAAUGAUUUUUUUUUUAAUGGCAACAAUGUUAUUUUAUGACAUAUUGUCAUAUGAAGGUGUAAAUAUAUGCACCUUUAUUGUAUGCAAAUGGUCACAAGGCAGGCCAAUGUUUUUUGCUUUGCACUAUAAUUUGCUUUUUUUAAAAAAUGCACAAUUGCUUGUACAGUAAAACCCCUUUGUCUGGCUCAAAGAAUAUUUAACUAUAAAAUCUAAUUUUUGGUCUUAUUUGUUAUAAUAAUAUAAUUCUUAAAUGUGUUGAAGGAUCCAAUUCUUAAUAAUGCUUCUAAUACUUGUAUGUGCAGGGUAAAAUGACAACAACCAACUAAGGAGUUGAGAACAGAGACAUUUGAAGAUAAAGAAAGCUAAAGUUGUUGUUUUUUUUUAAUGGUGUAUUACAAUGGACAUUAAAAAAAAAUGCUAGUGAUACCAAAUAAUGUGGUUAUUUGUGUAAUAUACCAGCCCUACUUGAAGGUAAUGCCCUACAUUUAACAUAUAGCCCAUCUUUUUAACCUGUAGCACUUGUCACUGGGGUGGGGGGUUGUGGGGAGGGAGGGAGAGGAUGGGGAGGGUCUGCUCCUGUUGAAGUCGUUUGAAGAAGCUCUGGCUGGCGACAUCUCUGCCAUGCCAGUGUCCAUGAGAGCAGUCGGGCUCCUUUUUGUCAGCCGGGCUUGUGAACGGGUGGGACUGAGUUGGUACGAAGCCACAGCACAGUGGUCAGUUCUGCUUUUCUAUUAUUGGUGUCGAUGUUCUUAUCCAAUGUACAUGAUUAUAUUGUCAGGCCUUCGUGUAAUUUUAAUGACUUUCCAUGUGGAAUAAUAAACAUACGGUUACAAGUC